AUGGCAGCUUAUAGCGACACUUCAGCUGCACAAGUUGAAAGUGGUGGUGGUGAUGAUGAAAAUCUGACAACAGCGUCUGAAGCAUUGGAUACCCGCAGACAGCAACCUGCUGAUGAAACAUUGCAGCAAAUAAAUGCGGAGCAGAAGUAUAGCGGUGAAGUAAAGGAAGGUGAAUUGAAAAAAGCUACAGAUACGAUUGAAAAGGAAGAAGAAUUUGAAACUAGACCGUUAGGAGAGCACGUUGCUAUGAAAGGUGAUCAGAAUAAUGUACCACCGACAACAUCGUUAACGGACAGCUAUCUGAAGAAUACCACUAAUUACCGGUCGCCGAACGCCCAUGAGAGAAAUGGUAGCGUUACGGCAAAUGGUGUCGACAUAUUUUCAAUGAGCGCUGAAGAGGCACGUCAUCAUCUUGUGCAUCGUAAGCGGGAUCCUCGAGUGGACACAAAUAUGUCUAUAGAAGAGAAGCAUCGACUUAUUUCUAAUAUGUGA